AUGCAGUCCUACGUCGCUCUGCUGCUGGGGAUCGUGGCCUCUGCUGCUUCAGCGGAAUGGAGGCGUCCGGUGAUCAAGUUCAACUCUAAGGUGGUGCAGAGUUCUGAGUUGGUGGUCGGACCCGGGACCCCUCUGAAUCUGAGGUGUGAGGGCGACGGGCCUGUAAACUGGCAAACGAGGCUCGCCAAACACAGACGCUUCGUGUCCAGGGGCAACGGGAAAGUCCGCACCCUAAAGGUGGAACGUCCCUCUGCAGAAUUUACUGGAACAUACAAGUGUGUUUACACGGCGGUGUCACAGAAACUCACCUCCUCAGUGCAUGUGUACGUAAAAGAACCAAACCGUGCGUUCUGGACCAGCAGCACGUCCCUACGGGUGGUGAAGAAGGAGGGUGAGGACUACCUGCUGCCCUGCCUGCUGACCAAUCCGGCAGCCACAGACCUGGGCCUCCGCAUGGACAACGGCACCUCCGUGCCACCAGGCAUGAACUUUACAGUUUACCGGCACCAUGGUAUUCUCAUCCAGAGGCUUCACCCAGGAUUCAAUGCCGACUAUGUCUGCACAGCCAGGGUCAGCGGAGUAGAAAUGAUCUCCAAAGCCUUUUCCAUCUACGUCAUUCAGAAGCUUCGUUUCCCUCCAUACGUACUCUUGGAGACCGAUGAAUAUGUGCGCAUUGUUGGGGAGGAACUCAAGAUUCGUUGCACAACACACAACCCCAACUUUAACUACAACGUCACCUGGAAAUACACCACCAAGUCGAAACCAACAAUAGAGGAGAGGGUUCGCUCUAGUGGAGAAAAUCGCCUGGACAUACAGAGCAUACUGACCAUCCCUGCUGUGGACCUUACAGACACAGGAAACAUUUCCUGCUUUGGCACUAAUGAAGCAGGAGUGAACAGUUCAACGACAUACCUGCUGGUUGUGGACAAGGCCUACAUCAGGCUGUUGCCCCAGCUGUCCCCUAAACUAGCCCAUCAGGGUCUUUCGGUGGAAGUGAACGAGGGAGAAGACCUGGAGCUGACCGUGCUCAUUGAAGCCUACCCACACAUUACAGCGCACAGAUGGCACACCCCAACAUCUCCCAGCACGUCCACACAGGAGCACAAGCUCAUCAGAUACAACAACAGAUACCAUGCUACGCUAAAGCUUAAGAGAAUGAAUGCACAGGAGCAGGGGAUAUACACCUUCUAUGCCAAGAGCAACUUGGCCAAUGCAUCCAUCACAUUCCAAGUCCAAAUGUAUCAGAGACCUGUUGCUGUGGUGAGAUGGGAGAACAUAACCACCCUCACUUGUACCUCAUUCGGCUAUCCUGCCCCCAGAAUCAUCUGGUACCAGUGUUUUGGGAUACGGCCUACGUGCAAUGAAAACACCACAGGGCUGCAGCUGGCGAUCCCUCUCCAGGCUCCCACCGUGGAGGUCCAGAGGGAGGAGUACGGGGCCGUGGAGGUGGAGAGCGUCCUCACCGUGGGGCCAUCCAGCCGGAGGAUGACGGUCGAGUGUGUGGCCUUCAACCUUGUCGGCGUCAGCAGCGACACUUUUGCCAUGGAGGUUUCUGACAAACUCUUCACUUCCACCUUGACGGGAGCAGCAGGCAUUCUGACCAUCCUCCUUGUGCUACUGGUUUUUCUGUUAUACAAAUACAAGCAGAAACCCAGGUAUGAGAUCCGCUGGCAGAUCAUUGAGGAAAGAGAUGGAAACAACUACACCUUUAUUGACCCCACUCAGCUGCCUUAUAAUGAGAAGUGGGAGUUCCCAAGAGACAAGCUGAAGCUAGGGAAGAUCCUGGGUGCAGGAGCUUUUGGAAAGGUCGUUGAGGCCACAGCCUAUGGUCUGGGAAUAGAAGACAAUGCGUUGCGUGUAGCUGUGAAAAUGUUAAAAGCCAGUGCCCAUUCAGAUGAAAGGGAAGCCCUGAUGUCUGAGCUGAAGAUCCUGAGUCACCUGGGACACCACAAGAACAUCGUCAAUCUACUGGGAGCCUGCACCUAUGGAGGACCAGUGCUUGUGAUCACAGAGUACUGCAGCCUCGGCGACCUCUUGAACUUCCUUCGCCAGAAGGCCGAGACGUUUGAGAAGUUUGUUAUGAGCGUCCCCGACGUUACGGAGGGCUCUAAUGACUACAAGAACGUCUACAGGGAGAGACAGUUUAUUAGAAGUGACAGUGGGAUCUCCAGUACAUUUUCAAGCAGUUACUUAGAGAUGAGACCCUGCAAGGUGCCCACUAUGGAAUCAUCUCCAGACUGUGUGUGUGAGGAGACAGGUGACUGUCCGCUGGACAUUGACGACUUGCUGAGGUUUUCCUUUCAAGUGGCUCAUGGCCUUGACUUUUUGGCUGCCAAAAACUGUAUUCACAGAGACGUGGCUGCUAGGAAUGUCCUCUUGACCGAUCACAGAGUGGCCAAGAUAUGUGACUUUGGCCUGGCACGUGACAUCAUGAAUGACUCCAACUACGUGGUGAAGGGCAAUGCCCGUCUGCCAGUGAAGUGGAUGGCUCCAGAGAGCAUCUUUGACUGUGUCUACACCGUCCAGAGUGACGUCUGGUCCUAUGGCAUCCUCCUGUGGGAGAUCUUCUCUUUAGGCAAGAGCCCGUACCCCAGCGUGGCUGUGGACUCCAGGUUCUACAAGAUGGUGAAGCACGGCUACCAGAUGUGCCAACCGAACUUCGCCCCGGCUGAGAUCUACACGAUCAUGAAGAUGUGCUGGAAUCUGGAGCCCACAGAGCGUCCGACGUUUAGCAAGAUCAGUCAGAUGAUAGAAAGACUACUCGGGGAGCAACCUGAGCAGGGACAGCUUAUCUACCAGAAUUUGCAGCAGCAGGUCACGGAAGGUGAAGUGAGUGAAGAGCCCGAGUGCUGCGACGGCGCCUGCGACCAGUCUUGUGACCACCAAGAAGAGCAGGAGCCUCUGAUGAAGACCAAUAACUACCAGUUUUGUUGA